AGGGUGCCCCCGGUGAGGACGGACGCCCUGGACCCCCCGGCCCCCAGGGGGCUCGGGGCCAGCCUGGCGUUAUGGGGUUCCCUGGUCCCAAAGGCGCCAAUGGUGAGCCUGGAAAAGCCGGUGAGAAAGGACUUCCUGGAGCGCCAGGGCUGAGGGGACUUCCUGGCAAGGACGGAGAGACCGGAGCCGCCGGACCCCCAGGACCCGCCGGCCCGGCAGGAGAGAGGGGAGAGCAAGGAGCCCCCGGCCCCUCCGGCUUCCAGGGGCUGCCAGGGCCACCAGGUCCCCCCGGCGAGAGCGGCAAACCCGGAGAUCAGGGUGUUCCUGGAGAAGCUGGAGCUCCCGGGCUUGUGGGUCCCAGGGGUCUGACCGGUCCCAUCGGCCCCCCCGGCCCCGCUGGACCCAACGGUGAGAAGGUGAGACCAGGGCAGAUCCCACCUGAUCCCUGA